CGGGCUGGAGUCGUGGGGCGGGCGCUGACCCCUGGUUAGCCCGGAGUUCUGUCGGUCGGCGCUGUUCGCUAGGAGCAGAGAGAAACCUCAGCUGCCUCUGGGCCUGGCACCUGGAGGGUUUCCUUGUUAGAAGAAGCUGAACCUGCAGCUUGCUGCCCUGCUUGUGAAGGAGCUGAUAAGUGCGCGGUGGUGCCGGCUCGCCGCGGCUGCCGAGCCUUGGUGCAAAGUAUGAUUUGAAACUGUCAACAUGGACUUUUCACGUCUACACACGUACACCCCUCCCCAAUGUCUGCCAGAGAACACUGGCUAUACAUAUGCACUCAGUUCGAGUUACUCUUCAUCUGCUUUGGAUUUUGAGACUGAGAACAAAAUAGAUCCAGUGUUUGAUUCACCCAGAAUGUCACGGCGUAGUUUACGGUUGGCUGCUGGAGGAUACAGUAAAUCAGAUGAUGGACACAGUGAUUCCCUUCAUGACAGCUCUUAUGCUGGAAGCAUGUCCUUCAGGGAUCAGUCUAAGGUGGUGAAGCAACGCAGAAGUAUGAACAAGCAGUCUGGCAGUGGAAGACAUGUGCCAAGGAAAAAUCUGUCCAGCUCAUCUAUUUUUAGCCAGAGCAGUUUCAAUAGCCAUGCCAGUGAUACAUCAAUGAUAUCCACUAUAUUGGAUGAGUCUCUGAUUCGGGAACAGACAGAAGUUGAUCAUUUCUGGGGCCUUGAUGAAGAAGGUGACCCCAAAGGCAGUGACACCACGCUGCUGCAGGGCAACGGGGGCAUAGCAGCAGCAGAGCUGCAGCCCACGCUGAACGGCUACACGUGCAGUGACUGCAGCAUGCUGUCAGAGAGGAAGGAGGUCCUCACUGCCUACUCACCUUCCCACGUGCCAUCCUCCAGGAUCUACACUAGGGACAGGAGCCAGAAACAUGCAGCUAGAGGAACAUAUUUCUACAUGAGUAAGAUUCUACGAUUGGUCAAAAAUACUGCAGCAUCUUUUGCAUCACUAUUAGUGCAACUAUUUCAAAUGGUUUUGCUGAAGCUGGGUUAUGAAUAUAAAGCUCACUCAGACUACUGUGGAAGCAUGAAUGUAAAGGAGUUCUACAGAGAAGAUCGUCACCUCGGUGUGAAUGAGGAAUCAAUAUGUGAUGACUGUAAAGGGAAGAAACAUCUUGAAAUGUACACCACAGACCACAUGCAGUCCUCAUGGGCUAAAAGGGUAGCAAGGACCAUUUGGCACACCUUUUCCUCUGCAGGUUACUUUUUGCUUCACGCGUUGCGAACAGCGGGAGCCACCGGAUGGCUUGUGUCGCAGAAGGUGUUGUCCCUACUUUGGCUGGCCAUUCUCUCUCCAGGGAGGGCAGCUUCUGGCAUGUUCAGGUUGCUUAGAACUGGGUGGUAUCAACUUGUUACUCUGAUGUCUUUGCUCAAGGUGUUUCUUGUAAGAAGAUGUCUUCCAAAGAACUACAGGUGGUUACUGUUUCUUAUCCCACUCCUGCUUCUACUAGGUCUGUGGUUCUGGGGGCUUAAUAGCUUCAUUUCAUUAUUACCUCCAUUGAACUGGACAAGAAUUGGCAGAAUACAGAGAACAGAUGAUUCUGUUCGUGUUCCUGAACCACAAGAUGAUUCUUUUCAUUCUGUGCAACCUCCAAAGGAUGCCAUAAAUAUCUUUGAUUUUGGUCGUAUAAGUGAGCUGGAAAAGCAAAUGGCCUUCGUGUCUGACAGAUGCCAUGACCAAAACAAAGACUACAACAAAGUGAUGAGCCUACUCCAGAAUCUUCAAGAUCAGGUUGCCACCAUGAGUGACAGAAGUGAAACACUGAAUUUAAUAAAAAAUGUCAUGAGUCAAUAUCUUAAAGAUAUGAAAUUGGAGGAAAAGACUGAGUUCCUGGCUUUACAUAAAGAACAUGAGUUGCGCAUCCAGACGCUGGAAGAACUUCUUAGAAAACUCUCAGCUGAAUCCAAGGACAUCCAGAAGGAGUUCGACCUAGCCAAAUCAAAGUCAGUGAGAGAUGAUGAUCAAUACAGUCUACUUAUGUCCAAAAUUAAAAACCUAGAACUAGAGCUGGCAUCUAUGAAAUCACAGCUGUUAUCUGGGGAAAGUGUGAAGACGAGUUGUGAGAAAAUGGAUGUCAUUCAUGAAAAAGUGGAUGCCCAGGUGAAGGAAUCUGUCAAGCUAAUGCUUUUUGGUGAUCAACAAGAAGACUUGCCUGAAUCACUUCUCCAGUGGCUUAACUCCAAUUUUGUGAGCAAAAGUGACCUACAGACUUUGCUGCGGGAUCUUGAGUUGCAGAUCCUCAAAAAUAUAACUCUCCAUAUGUCUGUAACAAACCAAAAAGUAACAUCUGAAGUAGUUACAAAUGCUGUGACUAAUGCAGGGAUUUCUGGAAUUACAGAAGCGCAAGCACAGAUUAUUGUAAAUAAUGCACUGAAACUCUACUCUCAAGACAAGACUGGGAUGGUGGAUUUUGCCUUGGAAUCUGGAGGUGGCAGCAUUCUGAGUACUCGCUGUUCUGAAACCUAUGAGACCAAGACAGCAUUAAUUAGCCUCUUUGGAAUUCCUCUGUGGUACUUCUCUCAGUCUCCCAGAGUGGUGAUUCAGCCGGACAUGUAUCCAGGGAACUGCUGGGCUUUCAAAGGAUCACAGGGCUAUCUUGUGGUGAGACUCUCCAUGAAGAUCUAUCCAACUGCCUUCACGUUGGAACACAUACCAAAAACUCUUUCACCAACAGGAAAUAUCACCAGUGCUCCUAGGAAUUUUGCAGUAUAUGGCCUGGAUGAUGAAUAUCAGGAAGAAGGCAAACUUCUAGGAGAGUAUGUCUAUGAUCAAGAUGGAGAACCACUGCAGAUGUUUCCAGUGAUGGAGAAAAAUGAAGACGCAUUCCAAAUAGUGGAGCUGAGGAUUUUCUCUAACUGGGGCCAUGCAGAGUACACCUGCCUUUAUCGGUUCAGAGUGCACGGGAAACCUGCCGAGUAAUCCACACUACAGCUGGGCUGGCUGCUCUGUACAUUUUGUUCCUAAUCUGUAUAUACUGGGAAGCCUCCAACACUGGAAUCUGUAAAGGACGAGGAUGCAAGAUGCACACUGCAGAGCUAUUGGUCCUCUGAUAAAGGCAGAAGACUGUCAGCAGAAAUGUAUAAACCCCAAUUUUUAUUUGCUCUAAGGCUCAGCUUGUAAUUGCCAGCUCGCUUCAUAUUCUGUGUCCAUGCUGAGAGCAGUAAUGCAUGCAAACAGCUCUGGUUCAUAAAGCCCAGUUGGCGAACAGGUGACACACGUUUUAUUACAAAUGAAUGUAUAGGUUUUUUAAAAAGAAUAAACCACACUUUCUGCAACUAGGAAUCUGUUCUUUUUUAAUCCAGGACUUACCUGCAUACUUUUGCUAGCUUGGCACCGUAAGCCAAAAACUGUGGUACAUUUUGAACACUGACUGUGGCUAAAGGUGUCCUUCAGUUGACAGUUGGUUUUAACCUUUUUGGUGGAUCCAAAAGGGCUUCUUUGCUACAUGUUGAAUAUAAUAAAUACUACUGUCAGGGAAAGCUAACACAACCAAAACCAGUUGAAACACCAGCGACUGAGAAUGCUUUACUGUAAUUUGUGACCGUGAAUUGCUCUAGAAGUCAGGGAUAACUUUAAGUAACUGAAGUUAUUUUAAGGGUUUUUACCAUGGCAACUUGGCCAGUUUGUUCUUUUUUUAGUGUCAAUCCCAAAUCGACCUUGAUGUGCUGCCUGACUGGCUCGGAGCUGAUAAGCCUGCUGAAUUGCUCAGUAAACACUGCUGUGCAGCAGUUGCACUACCUUAGUUUGUCCAAAGUCAUCUCUUUGGGACAGGAUUUCCUUAGACUGGUUGAUUGUUUACUCCAUAAAUAUACUGUGAGAAUUCAGUGUGUGGAGAACAAGCCUGAAGCAAUUCUCGCUGCGUCACAUUUACCAGAGGGACUGGAGCUCAGCGCUGCUGUUGCAAACACGGGCAUUCCUGAUCCUCCCCACAAGCCUUAGUCGGGUACCAGAGGAGUAGAGUUGCUCUUGGAAACAACAUUUUCACAUAGAACGAGGUGAAACUGCUUAUUGCCCCCCCUUAGCCUCGCUGCUUUGAAGAUCCUUUUUGGAAAAAGAUUCCUGAAAUUCACUUGUUUGCAGAAUUUUUAUCUUGCUGUUCCUAGUGCAUUUUGUAGUUACACAGAACUGUUACACACGGACCUGCUGACUGGUUUUCUGAAUUGAGUUAUGUAUGUUGCACAACAGUCCUCUAAUGUUUGAAAUACAAAAAGUCUCCAUGUGAAGAAGAACUGUUUUUCACUCGACCUAGAGACAGAACCUAUGGCCUACGCAGAGGAGUAGAUGACACAUGUACAGGUGUUUUCAUAUUAUAGGUUACAUAUUUAAAAUUAGAAUUAUCCUGUAUAAAUUGCAAUUAGGUAGCUGGGGGGGGAAUAUUUUGAAUAACACUAACUUAUUUUUAAAAAAGCAAGAUAGGACUUUGUGCAAUGUAUUUUUGUAAAUGCUUUUCAAAAUGUCUGUUAUUCUUUGCUGCCUCCAAACUGACAAGAUGCUAUUGAGAUGUUUAAAUAAAGAGUUUUAAUUUUUGAAA